GAGUUUUAUUUUGUGUACAAGAGAAACUUUUCUUUCCAUCAUCUUCUAUAUCAAAGCAUCCCAGGCAUCAACUCAGGUCUUAUUAUCUCUGUGGCAUCACAAUGGACAUCCUUCCCGAGGCAGAAGUAAAGGAAGAUCAAAUCAGAGAGAUGGACAAAGAUCUAACUACUACGGCCGAUAUGAACCCAGAUGUAAAAGUUUGGUUGUCAAAGAUACACGCACUUACAGAGGCUCGAAACGAAAAUCACAAAAAGCUUACAGAAAUCAAUCUUUUAAGGGAGGAAUGUCAUGCUAAAUGUCGCAUUUUGAUUGAAGAUAAUAGGGCCAAUUUCCAAAAUAACUUCCCAAAUGCUUCAGGAGCUUUGGUAGCAGAAUUUAACAAAGCGAAUCUUGAAAAUCCCAUCCUUGACGACUUUAACCUUGCGCGCAAGAAACAAAAGAAUGUUUACAAUGCCUCCCGUACUGAGCUAGCAGAGAUGUACAAGAACUUCAACAACCUCUUCCCGGACUGCAUUCCUCCAGAUAUUGAAAAUCGUAGCAUCAUUAGUUUCGCUGCCACUGAUGUCGGGAACGUAUUAGCAUUCUUCCGAACUUGUUCGCCUAAGGAUGUUGCCAGGGAAAUAUUUACACACAAGGCAUUACCAGGCUUCAAAAUUUGUAGCUGCGAGAAGAGCUUUAAUAGAGACAACCUUCCGCCAUCAUAUAGAGUGUACUUCGAGCUUGCAAGACAGUUCCCCGACGUCCCAGGUCGCCUCAUAUCAUAUGAUACCCUGGCAGUCACCGAGAAAAUGCGAAACCCACAACACAGAAAAGAAACAGACAUUUUCACUACUACCUUGGAGACUGUUUGGGUUUAUGAUUCAGUCAUCAACAUGUAUGAACCGCAUCUUCGUCAGCAGGUUUUUCAUAAGUUUUCAAUGGACCAGGUCAAUGGCUUAAGAAGGAGAAUGAAGAUCUAUGUUGAGAUUUCAGUUGUUGAUAUUGAAUGAUCGGGUAAUUACAUCUAAUUCGAUUGAAAGGAGGCUCAGGGAGGAUGUAUUUUUAUUUUGCUUUCCAACAAUUCAGUACAAUACAGAUAAAGGUGUCUUCCAUAGUCGCACAAAUACACCAGAAGCAAAAUUCCUAACAGUCUUUCGUUUCAGGAUCUCCAUCGCAUAUGAAGAUGUUAUUUGGGACAAAUCUUGCCUUACUAAUGGUUGUCUGUUUUGUACAAAUGUUUUCAGGGUUUACCUUAUUUCGGGGGGAAAGCAGGGCCCGCAGAAGAUAUCAUGUUUGUAAUUUCUUACAUCAGUUUUCUAGCA